AUGGACUACACUUGUCUCUUUUGCUGCGGUCUGGCUUUCGCUUUAUAUUUGAACACGCUUAAUGCGGGUUUCGUCUACGACGACAGACGCGCCAUUUUGGCCAACGGCGACGUGUCCGGCGCAGCGCCUUGGCAGCGCAGCUUUGGCAAUGACUUCUGGGGCACGCCACUUACAGACAGCGGUUCGCACGGCUCGUGGCGGCCGCUUUGCGUGCUCAGCUUCCGGCUUAACUAUGUGCUGGGCGGCGGCUUUGCGCCGUGGGGCUUCCAUUUGGUCAACAAUCUGUUGCACUGCAUGGCCACAGCGCUGGUGGUGCGUGUGGCACGCACACUGCUCGCCUCCUUCUGGGCCGUUUUAGCAACAGGCGCGCUCUUUGCCGUGCAUCCCAUUCACACAGAGGCCGUCGCGGGCGUCGUGGGGCGUGCUGAUGUUGCCGCCUGUGUGUGCUACCUGCUGACGUACCUCGCCUACUUGCGCCACAUACGCUGGCGAGAGUCCGCCGAUCCGCGACAAUGGCUGGCCUUGAUCCUCACGCUGCUCUUUGCGCUGGCAGCGCUGCUCUGCAAGGAGACGGCCAUUACAGCGCUGCUGGUGUGUGCGGCAGUCGAUGUGAUGCGCAGCCUUUGUGGCUUAGUGGAUAAGCAACGUCUGCGUUCGUUGUGCUUUGUAUUAGGUGCAUUUUGCUGCCUUGCCUAUUGCCGUUUAGUGGUGGUGCCGGGACCCCAGACAGUCUUCUCCAGCGCUGACAAUCCCAUAGCGCGCACAGCUUCCAUGUGGACGCGACUGCUGACGUUUCUCUACCUGCCCGUGUUCAACUUUAAGCUGCUGCUGCAGCCGCAAGUGCUCAGCUUUGACUGGGGCAUGGACGCCUUGCCGCGCGUGACGUCAAUCUGGGACCGGCGCAACACACAGACUGCUUGCUUCUAUUGUGUGCUCCUGGGCGUGGCCUGGCACAGCGGCAAGCUUUUGCUGCUGCACAAUCGUGAGCAGUCUGCGGCUAGCCCGGAGUAUCCACAGUAUCACAUACAGAAAGUGGGUCGCAAAUCACGCGCCAAGCGCAAGCGACUCAACAACAACAACAACAGCAGCAGCAACAGCAAUAAGUUUACAGCCUAUGAGGCGUGCUUGCAACAGGAGGCGCUGAUGUCUAUUGCCAAGCACAUCCUGGCAGUGAUUGCUUACUCACAAAACUCUCUUAAUGCGUCUUAUGUUGUGGUGGUUGCAACGGAACACCACCAGCACAACAGACAGAUAAUACAGCAUGCAAGCUCGCCAGCUCAAUUUAGCACCACCGCCAGCAACAAAGAGACGCAGCUUGAAGUGCCCAAGCUCUUAAUCCGAGCAUCCAUUGCUAGUCUCAACUCGAUGUGGUGUCCAGCAGAUUACUUGGUUGGCAUGUCUGCGGAGGCGCGCAACGCUUGCAUAUUGCUCAUGUCCUGCGCCUUUCUCACGCUGCCCUUUCUGCCCGCCAGCAAUCUCUUCUUUUAUGUGGGUUUCGUUGUAGCCGAGCGACUGUUAUAUUUGCCCAGCGUGGGCUUCUGCCUGCUGGUGGGCUUUGGAGUCUCUAAGCUGUUGGCCUGCGCCUGCGUGCGCUCACCGGGCUCGAGGACACGCUGUGCUUUUCUACUCUGCCUCAGUGUGUUGCUGGCCGCCAUGAGUUUGCGUACAGUGCGUCGCAAUGAGGACUGGCGAAAUGAGGAGAGCCUCUAUAGAAGCGCCAUUAGCGUCAAUCCACCCAAAGCGCUGGGCAAUCUGGGCAGCGUGUUAAGCUCACAGGCGCGCUAUGCGGAGGCUAAGCUGGUGCUGCAGGAGGCUAUCAAAUUCAGGCCCAACAUGGCGGACGUGCACUUCAAUUUGGGCAUACUGCAUCAGAACCAGCAGGACUAUCAGGCGGCUGUCGAGUGUUUUCAGCGUGCAAUUAAAUUCCGCUCGAGCCUGGCAGUGGCCUAUCUGAACCUAGGCAUAUCAUUCAUAGCGCUGGGCAAGCGUCAGCAGGCUAUAGAGGUGUUGCAACAAGGCGCUACGCUAGAUGGCGCCACAGUGCGUGAUCGUGCGGCACAUGAUCAGGCCAGAAGCUCAGCGUACUUGCAACUGGGUGCGCUCUAUGUGGAGCAGGGCAAGCUGCAGCAGGCGCUGGCUGUCUAUCGCGAGGCGCUGUCCUCACUCCCAGCGCAUCAUCGUGAGGUGCUGUACCAGCGCAUAGGCGAUGUUUGCGGUCGACUGCAGCAAUGGGACGAGGCGGAGCGACAUCAUCGCGCUGCCUUGGCACUGCAGCCGAAUCAGGUGGCCGCCCAUCUGUCCUAUGGCAUCACGCUGGCCAGGAAUAGCAGUCGCGCGGCGGAGGCUGAAAUGUGGUUUAAGCGCGCUUUGCAGCUGGCGCCCGAACAGGCCAGUGUCUAUCAUCAUUAUGCUGAGUUUCUCGCCUUGCAAUCGCGUCAUCACGAGUCCGCUGUUUAUCACUGUCGUGCCGCAGAGCUGGCGCCCACGGAUUAUGCCCUGGUGGUGGCAGCUGCCACAUCGCUGCGUCUGCUUGAUCGCAAACAGGAGGCGGAGCAUUGGUAUCGCAAGGCUGUGGCUUUGCGUCCCAAUGAUGCGCAUGCACACACUAAUCUGGGCGCCAUACUGCAUCUGCUGGGACGCACUCAUCAUGCGGCGGCUAGCUAUAAGGCAGCGCUGCGACUGCAGCCGGACGACAGCAUCACGUUGGGCAAUCUGGCCAAGUUGGGCGUGACAAAUGUGUAGCUGAGCUAAUUAAACGCAGAGCGAAAGUUAUUUUUAUAGCCACAACUCUACAGAAUUUAUACCAAAGGACUUCUAUAGACACACACACACAUACACAAACAAACAGACACACACACACACUUAUGUAUAUCAAAAGUUUAGCAAGGCGUGUAAAUAGUGCAAAGCAAAGCAGCGACCAAAGCAAGUCAAACAAAAAAGGCUAAAGAAUUUAUGAAGUCAAGUAUGGAGAAGCGUGCAGUCUGAUAGCUAAAAGGAAAUAUAUAUAUUGAUAUAUUACAGAUACAGAGAGAACAAUAAUUAAAAUACCUAAAUGUUAAGCGAAAAUGAAAUAUCUGUACAGCAAUUUCAAUGCAAAGCUCAAAAAUAUGUAAAUUAAUGUAAAUACUACCAAAAGCCUAAUCGUAAUUAAUUAAAAGAAUUACAUAUAUAUAGAUAAUUAAUUUAUAUGUGCGUACGACUGUAUAUGAUUCUAUAUGCCUAUCAAUGUGGUGGCUUCUUGAGCUAGGUUUUAUAAUUUUGAUUGUACAAAAAUAAAAACUAUAUAUUUAAAGUGCAUAUAAUUAAAAG